AUGGUGCUGACGGUGAAGAUGGAUGAGACGGCGGGCGGCGUGGGCGAGCGCGUGGUGGCGUUGGAGGAGAAGCUGAAGGUGCAGGGCGACGCCAUGGCUGCCAUGCAGCGCGACAUGGCGGAAAUGCGCCGCGCCAUGGCCCUCCUCAAGGGUAUGGCGGCGACGGGCGCUUCGGCGGAGAGGAGUGAGGUGGAAGGGGCGGGAAAAGGGAGUGCGUCGGGAGAGGCAGCGGAGGACGUUGCCGCGCAGCUGCUGAAAGGCGCCCAGGAAAAGGAAGUGGAGGAGCUGAAGGUUCUGGCGGGAGCGGCUAUGUGGAAGGCGCAGGACGUGGCGGCUGAGAUGGGCCCGGUAAAGGCGGAGAUGGUUCGGCGUGGCCAGCUGGUUCGGAACGGAAUUGAAAGGAACAUGCACAGCGCAGGACACGUCCAAGGCAGCGAGCAACAACAUUCCGAUAGCGACCACAGAGAGUACAGUCAACUUUCACCUGCUUCCAUGGCGAAGGAGGCAGUAAUUUACUGUGACGAGCAUCAUAGCAUUGACAGCGAGAUGGCGACGGCAACGGCACCGCGGGACAUGGAGCUGCGGCUGGUGAACGGCAUGGUGCUGAAGGUGCAGCUGGCGGAGAUGGCGGGCAGCGUCGGGGAGCGCGUGGCGGCGUUGGAGGCGAAGCUGAGGGAGCAGGGCGACGCCAUGGCUUCCAUGCAGCGCGACUUGGCGGAAAUGCGCCGCGCCAUGGCCCUCCUCAAGGGCGUGGCGGCGACGGGCGGUUUGGGGGAGAAAAGAGAGGGGGAAGGGGCGGGAAACGGGAGCGCGUCAAGGGAGGCAGCGGAGGGCAUUGGCGCACGGCCACUGAAAGGCGCGCGGGAGAACAUUUUUGCUGCGAUUGAAGCGGAAGAGUUGAAGGCGCAGGUGGAAACGGCGAGAGCGGAGGCGCGGGACGCGGCGAGUGAGAUGCGCGGGGAGGUGGGCGCGAUGAAGGCGGAGCUUGCGCGGAUGAGGGCAGCGGCGGAGCGGCAAGCGGCGGAGGUGGCGUACGUGAAGGCGACGGCGGCGCACUCGGAGGCGCGCAUCAACGACGCCGAGCUGGCGCUCGCCGCCAUCAAGGACGAGCGCAAGGCGGAGAAGAGCCGCGCCGAGCGCAACGAGGGCAGCGCGCGGGAGGAUGUGGGUGAGGAGAGGCGCGAGGGGAAGAGGCGGAAGAGGGAGGAGGCGGGCCAAAAUGAAGUAGGGGUCGUCGCGGACGCGGGGGGUGCUCUGAUUGCCAUCAGUGGUGCGCAUGUGGAAAAGAAGGAUGAGGCGGAAAGGAACGGCGGAGCUGAGGGGGGAGAGAUCGUUGCAGCGUGCGACACAAAGGCAGAGCUGCAGGGACUGAGGGCGCGAGUGAAAGCGCUGGAGGAAAUGAGCGCUGUAGGAGGCAAGACGUGGGAGUCCCUCUCCCUGUUUGACCUUACUCCCGUGCCCUCUCCCUGUUCGUGGCUGCAGGUUCUGAUGAUGCUGUGGAGAGAAGCGGUUCCCAGCGAGACUUUUGUGAAGCUCCAAGGCGUUCCAUGCCUCACGGAUUCUGCUCUCACAGAACUCGCCAGCUUCCAUUCUCUAACCUCGUUGAACCUCACACAAUGCGACUGCUUCACUGCAGCGGGGGUGAAGGGACUGUUUUCUCUCACCGGCCUCACAUAUCUGAAUCUAAGCUACACAGCCACGACUGAUGGUGCUCUUGAUGGCAUUGACGGCCUGAAAAAUCUUGAACACCUUUUUCUUGAGAACACCGAUAUAACAGAUGCGGGAAUAGCAAAGUUGCAGGGGAUGACAGCACUCAGGGCAUUGUUCAUACCUGACUGUGCGUCAGUCACCUCUGCCAGCAUGGUGCAUGUGGCGAAACUGAUAGCUCUGGAAGUCCUGGCACUACCGGCACUACAGCGUUUGACUGCUCUCACCUCACUGACGUUUCUUGCCUUGCCUCCAGCAGUGACUGAUUCCGGCAUGAAGUACCUGAGGAAUAUGAAACACCUGGAGACGCUGGGGCUGUGGGAUGCUAGCAUCACUGCAGCUGGUGUCAAGUGGCUCAAGGGGCUGAAGUGGCUGCAGAAGAUCACAACAGAUGAUGAAGAUGUUCAAGAACUGGUCAGGGACAUAUUUCCUGGAAUGAUUGUGACACCUGGCCCUCUCUGA